AUGGAUGUCUCCGUCCGCCAGAGAGCCGCCCUGCUUCCGGAGGCGCCGCCGCUUCUACUCUUGCUUCUGAUAUCUGUCGCGAAAAUUCGAUCAGUUUCUUCCUCCACAGACCCUUCAGAUAGUGAGCAUUCCGUAUUUUCUGCACCUCUCGCUCCCUGCCUCUGACGCACGAAGCACUCGAGUUCCCAUAAUAAAUGCGGCGCUUAUCGGUCGAACCGAUCAUCACCCAUGUUAAAAGCUGGAUUGCGAAACGCGCAUGCUUAAUUACAGACGCCAGCAAUUAAUCGGGCCAUGUUCGUUGACUUCUGAGCAAAAAAUUUCAGCUGCGGCACUGAGAGCUCUGAUGGAGGACUGGGAGAACACGCCGCCGAGCUGGGGAAGACGGAUGAUCCCUGCGGCAACCCCUGGGAAGGAGUCAUCUGCAACAAUUCAAGGGUCACUCGAUUGUCAGACCCUCCAUCCUCCUCUCUAUACAAGGCCCCAACUAUCUCCGACGCCUUAGGAGCAAUCCCCUUAACGUCUGCAUCUCUUUCAGGAGCUUGUCGUCCAUGGGGCUCAAGGGAACGCUGAGCGGAGACAUCGGGCAGCUCACAGAGCUUCGGUCCCUGUAAGCUCCUCCCAUGGUACAUCGCCAUCUGUGCUUCUUCCGUUCUAGUGGGAUCUAAGCAAUUAAAAGGGAACUGCAGUGAUCUUUCAUACAACAAGGAUCUAGGUGGACCGAUCACCAAAUCCAUCGGGAAUUUGAAGAAGAUCACGACUCUGUAAGACUCAUCAUCCCCAGAUUUCACAGCUGCUCUCCAUCAUUCUUCCUCCUCGUCGGCCUUUUGGUCUGAUUAAUUUGGCGUCAAUGGGUGUGUGGGGUCUUAGGAUCUUGGCCGCCUGCAGCUUCUCGGGGAGCAUCCCGUCGGAAAUCGGCGAUCUCGAGGACCUCUUGUACCUGUAAGAGUAACCAGAUCGAACUAAUGGACUUGUUGACGAAGACAAGAAGUGUAACCGUGACGAAACUUGAUUACCUGAAUCCAUCUCACUUUUCUUCGCAGAGCUCUGAACAACAAUAACCUCACGGGCAUCAUACCCCCGAGCUUUGGGAAGCUCUCUAACCUUUAUUGGUUCGAUAUCGCGGAAAACCAGCUCACCGGGCCGAUUCCCGUCUCCUCAGGGAGCACCCCCGGAUUGGAUCAGCUCCUCCAAGUGAGGCACUUGUGAGUAUUUCUGUCUAAAAUCAAACAAUAAGGAGAAAUAUAAGGAGAUUCUCAUCUCCUCGAAAGGAUAAUCUUCGGAGGCUCAUGCUAACCAGAAUCUGUCGGCUUGCCAGCCAUUUCAACAAUAACCAGCUAUCAAGAACCAUCUCGGAGAAUCUCUUCAGCUCCAACAUGACCUUGAUCCACAUGUAAGAAGCGGCGCCGAUAUGCCUGCCAGGGAUUUCCGGCCAUGGAGGGUCCGCAUCUCCUGACUGUUGGUUUGCCCACGUCUUGUAGACUCUUCGACGGGAAUAGACUGACGGGGGCAUUCCGGAGUCGCUGGGCCUCGUGACGAAGCUGGAGGUUCUGUGAGUACCCAUUCUCCGCCGAAGCUCAGUUUUCUCGUUUGUGAUGAACAACCUCCUCUCCACUGCGUAGUGUUGGACUGAUGAUGGAUCGAUCUCCCCCAUCUGUCGGUCUUCUCUGCAACAGUCGGCUCGAUAGGAAUGGUCUGACCGGCCCAGUUCCUUCCGGGAUCGGCACCCUGACGGCCCUCAGAGAGCUGUAAGAGUAUUCCCUGGAGCAGGGCCACCUCCUUCAUCCGCUGCCUCGCGAUUCCUUCUCAUCCGCUGCCUCACUCACAUCUGGUUCAGGAACCUGUCGAAUAACCGAUUGACGGGAAAGAUGCCUGAUCUCAGCGGGUUGAACAUCGUGAACUAUGUGUAAGCAGCUUCCCAUUACUCGGCCGGCCGUCGGGGCCGCCGCGUCCUUCGCCGUCGUCUGGUAGUUCUCUAACGUGUCGUCCUCACUGACCGACAGAGACUUGAGCAACAACUCCUUCAGCACGUCCGAGGCUCCAGCUUGGCUCGGGAAGCUUCAAUCUCUGACCGCUCUGUGAGUCUCCGGAUAACCCAUCCGACUGCUAAUCUCUUGAGGAAUGGGGAGCCAUCUGUGACCGUCGUCGUCUUCCUUCCUCGUCCAGGGUGAUUCAGUCAGGGAAUCUCACCGGCGCGGUUCCGUCGGCGCUGUUCGGCUUCCCGCAGCUGCAGGAAGUGUAAGCUCUCUGCGACAGACUUGCACCACCAUCAUCUGGAAACUCUCAACCUGUUCUUGGAAAGCGCCUCACCGUUGACUCUCGGCUCGGGCAACAACAGCUUCAACGGCUCCCUCAAUCUGGGGUCAAACAUAAGCCCCCAACUGCAGGUAGUGGAUUUUCGGAACAACAAUAUCAGCGGCAUCUCGUUCAAAUCGCAGUACGGGAACACGCUGAAGUGAGCGAACACGGGCCUUCCCCCUCUUCCCAUGAAAAGACAACUCUCCCAUGGAGAGAGCCGCUUCCCUUCCUGGAUGUAACUCGGCGGUGGGUGCAGGCUCAUGGGAAAUCCCAUCUGCAACGCCCAGAACUCGGGCUCCAGUUACUGCCAACAACAGUUUCAUCAUACGCCCUACACCACCAGUCUCUCCCAUUGCGGCUCCUCGACGUGCCCCGAGGAUCAAAGUUUCAGCCCCAAUAACUGCGAAUGCGCGUUCCCCUACGUGGGGACGCUGAUUUUCAGGGGCCUCUUCUUCAGGGACUUGAGCAACAGGACGAGGUUCCAGGAUCUCGAAACGAGCCUCUGGACGGAGCUGCAUCUCGCAAACGGGGCGGUGUCCCUCCAGAAUCCCUUCUUCGAUAGCGACAGCUACCUCCGGGUGCAGCUGCGGCUCUUCCCUGUCGACAGACCGUACUUCAACCGCUCGGAGGUGAUGAGGAUUGGGUUCCAACUGAGCUACCAGACCUACAAGCCCCCGCCCGAGUGGGGCCCCUAUCUAUUUGUCGCCUUACCCUACGUCUUCCAAGGUACCAGCCGAUGAUUCUUCUUCUUAUUCUCCUUCUUUUUCUUCUUCUCCUCCGCCUCCUCCUCCUGCUCCUCCUCCCCCCCUGCCAUUAACUGUGGAAGCAACGCGCUUCAGCUGAGGAGGGCGGCGACGGGAAGACGUCGAUUGGCAAGGGCGUGGUGGCCGGGAUAGCGGCGGCGUCUGCUAUCCUGGUGAUUGGGCUGAUAUUCCUGGCCGUGUACGCCGUGAGGCACAGGAGAAGAGCUCAGAGCUGCGGCGGCGCGCCGAAGCUGAAGGGAGCGAGAUUCUUCUCUUUCGACGAGCUCAAAAGGAGCACCAACGGCUUCUCAGAAGCUAAUGAGAUCGGAUCUGGAAGCUACGGCAAGGUAAAAAAAACCAUGCACGCCUCCAUCCCUCGGCCCUCACUAGACCUUCUUCCUCAUCGAGAAUUGUACUCCUCUUCGUCCCGAUCUUCAGGUCUACAGAGGCGUUCUUCCUUGCGGGCAAAUCGUCGCCAUCAAAAGAGCGCAGCAGGGAUCCACGCAAGGUGCGCACGAGUUCAGAACCGAGAUCGAGCUGCUCUCGAGGGUCCACCACAGGAACCUCGUGCGUCUCGUCGGCUUCUGCUUCGACCAGAGUGAGCAGAUGCUGGUCUACGAGUACAUCCCCAACGGAACCCUAAGGGAGAGCUUGUCCGGUGAGUUAUCCGGUAAAGGAAAUUCUCCGGCGAGGACCAUGAGAAUCCCUCCCUAACUGGACGAGCUCUUCACGUAGGGAAGAGCGGAAUCCAGCUCAAUUGGAACAGGAGGCUGAGGGUCGCCCUAGGUUCGGCGAGGGGGCUAGCCUACCUCCACGCGCUCGCAGACCCCCCGAUCAUCCACAGAGACGUCAAGACCAGUAACAUCAUCCUGGACGAGGAUGUGACGGCCAAAGUCGCCGACUUUGGUCUCUCCAAGUUGAUCUCCGAUAUAGAGAAGAGCCAUGUCUCCACCCAGGUCAAAGGAACCCUGGUGAGACUUCCUCCCCAUAUGUCAACCCUCUCAUCGGGUGUCCCUCUCUCUCUCUCUCUAUCCAUCCAUCCAUCCAUCCAUCCAUCCAUCCAUCUAUCUAUCUAUCUCUAUCUAUCUACCUAUCUAUCUACCUAUCUAUCUAUCUCGCAGGGCUACCUCGAUCCGGAGUAUUUUAUGACCCAGCAACUGACGGACAGGAGCGACGUCUAUAGCUUCGGGGUGGUGAUGCUGGAGCUGAUCACCGGUAAGGUACCAAUCGAGAGGGGGAGGCACAUCGUUCGCGACAUCAGAGUCGCCAUGAACUCGCAGGACCGGGAGCUCUGCGGCCUAAGGGACUACAUCGAUCCGCUCCUCCUAAGCUCUCCGGCCCUCCCCGGCUUCGCCAGGUUCGUCGGGCUGGCCAUGCGCUGCGUCGAGGUGUCGGCGGCGGCGCGCCCUACGAUGAACGUCGUCGUGAAGGAGAUCGAGUCCAUCUUGCAGGACGAAGGCAUGAAUACGGACUACACCUCGGCGGCCUCCUCCGCCAGGGACUUCAGCGUGGCGAGGGUCGGCACCGCCGCCGUCCCUCGUCAGCCCUACGGCGACGCGGUGGUGAGGAAGGAGGUGAGCAGCGACUCCUUCGACUACAGCGGCAGGUACGCCCUGCCCACCAGGGUAGAGCCGAAGUAG